AUGAGUCUUGCAGCGAGCAAACCGCUGCGCGAUUUCUUGACUCCGCUGCGCGCGACUGAUCCGCAGCUCUACGACGUAGCCUGCUCGUUUUCAAAUGUCUUCCGCGAGCUGGCGUCGAGCAGUGAGGAUGACAGUCUUUUCAGUCCCGUGCCUGUAACCCAUCUGCCUAGCGGCCGGGAGUGUGGUCGCUUUCUGGCCGUCGAUGUAGGGAUCACGACGCUGAAGGUGGCUUUUAUUGACCUGCUGGGUGAGACUGCUAUGAGGUCGAGGUCGAUGAGUAACAUGAUCCGUAAAGCGCGACAUUCGCGGGUGCGACGAACGCUUGAGAAGGCGUGGAGGAUCGAAGAGCGAUUGAAGCACGAUCAGCCUCAUGAAUUGUUUCUGUGGAUUGGGAACUGUAUUGCCGAGGUCGUCAAGGACGAUUUGCUGUCGAAUGCAUCUUCUGAGCACCCGCCCUCACAUAUAGAAACUGGCAUUGCGUUCAGUCUUCCCAUCAAACAAGACUCUCUCGAGGAAGCCACAUUAAUGCAGACAGGAAAAGGGUUUACUAUCAGCAGCGACUUGGACCUUCGAAACUCUAUUCUGCAAGGCUAUGAGCGGCAUACUCAGAGAAGAGACGACGAAGAGCGAGCAGCCAAGCGGCAGCGACACUUUGUUCUUCCCCAGCUCAAGAUUACUGCACUCACCAACGACGCUGUCGCUACUCUGCUGUCUCUCUCAUACUCUAUCAAAUCAUACCCCAACAGCCGCGUGGCAAUGGGAAUUGUUCUCGACGAGGGCUGUAACGCGACGAUCCCUAUGAUCCUGUCUGAUUUACACCCCUCAAAAACCCGACACAUUACAGCCCAGGAUCCAGACGCAGCCCAGACUCUAGUCAGUACAGAAUGGACCCUCCGCGGCGCUGCAUCGCCUCUUUACGACCACGGCAUUAUCACCAAAUGGGAUCUCCAACUAGACUCGCAAUCCGCAAAACCAGGGUUCCAGCCUCUGGAGUAUAUGACUGGCGGCCGAUAUAUUGGAGAAUUGAUUCGCAUUAUCUGCCACGACUACUUUACUAGCAUUCUAGGCAUCUCCGACCGCUCCCUACCUACAAACCUCGUCGUGCCGUAUGCCCUACGCGCCGACUUCAUCAUCGACAUAAUGUCAAAUUACCCCUCCACCACAACCCUCAGCGAAUGCCUCAACCGGAAUCUCCCACCACCAAGCUCUAGUGGGUGGACAUGGACCGCGAAGACGGCCAACGUGCUACGGGAGAUCGUGCAAGCAGUACAAACACGCUCGGCUGCGUUGGUUGCUGCUGCCACCGUGGCACUACUGGCGUCGAACCACGAGGUGUCACUGCGCGAUCCGGCAACGCCAUUAAAGAACGAGCUGUUGAGCUGCUCGCCCUCAAAGAGCUUUCACGAAAUCACAUUCGGGUCACGGCCAGACUGGCAUGGCGGGCCGGAAGAACUGGUUGUUGCGUGCAUUGGAGGCGUGAUUCAGCAUUAUCCCAAGUUUAUAGAGAAUUGUCAGCGGUAUAUAGAUCGGUUGGUGAUCCAAGGCGGGCCACAGGAUGGUGGGAAGAGCGUGUUUCUGCGUGAAGCUAAUGAUGGAGUUAUUAUUGGAGCAGGUGUCCUCGCGGGCAUGGUUGGACGUGACUAG